GUGGCUUAGAACUCGCGCCUCCCGCCUCCCACUCAGCCCGCGGCAGUUGGCGAGGAACCGAGUGGCGGUUAUUUUGAGUCCGGCGGGAUGGCGGAGGCGCCGACUGUGACUUCUUCCGCGGCCAGGAGCGCUCCCGGCCGAGCCACGCCACCCUCGGAGCAGCUGGCAGAGCCGCCUGUCGGGCUCCUGGAGACGGUGGAGAUGCAGCUGGGAGACGCAGCAUUUUCACUCACCAAGCUUUUGGAGGCCACGUCUGCAGUGUCAGCCCAGGUAGAAGAACUUGAAACCAAAUGUACUGAACACGCUAGAUUUCUUAAAACAUGGCGGAGUCUUCUAAAAGAAGGAUACAAUUCCCUGAAACCCACUGAGUGAUUUGAACACCCAUACAAUGUUGCUGUUUUAACUGUUUAAGGAAACCAAAGGCAAGACUGGCCAACAGCACAUAACACUUUUUACUACCUUCAUAUGGAGAGAUAGAGCUACUUCAACAAGCCUUCAUUUUAAAUCUGCAAAGAAAAUACAGAACGGUGGUUUUUAACUUCGUCAUACAAAUAAAGCAGCUCCCUUAAAUACCUUGAAGCAUGCUCACCAUACUGGAUAAUUUGUUCCUAGGGAACGACUGAAGGAGUAUGUGCUGUAAAAAUAUUUUUCUUAAAGGUCUGGAGAUCAGACUGAAAUAGUGAUUAAGAGUUUCAUUUGACUGUUACUUGGAAUUUUACUAGUUAUGGAUGACUGUAACACCCAUAGAAUUCAUUGUAUAAGGUCUAUAGACUGUUAGGCUAAAAUAUUUAAUUGUAUGGAAAACAGCUGUGUUUAAUCCUCUUAAACUAAGUAAUAUCCAACACUUUCUGCCCUAAAGAGGUAUGACUAUGGCUGUCUGGAAACUGGUUGCUGUUUUACGUAGUCUCUUGACUGCUUCAAUAUAUUCUUAAGUUUUUAAAUCAUAUUUUUAUAUCUUGAACAUGUGAUUAGAGUAUGUUUUGACAAAAUAAACUGAGUAUAGAACCUUAUGCAUGACAGAUCAUAGAAUUUUAUCUCCUGCU